AUGAAGUUCAGCAUUGUCACCGCCGCCCUCUUUGCUGGCGCCAACGCCUUUGUCGCUACCCCCGUCGAGCGCUCCCCUCCCACGCUCGUUGAGCGUGACCUGGCCACGGUCACUUCUGUUCUCGCCGAUGUUAAGACUGGCUUCAGCAACCUGCAGCAGGCCGCCGCCGACUUCAACGGCGACCCCGCGCCGCUCAAGAACGAGGCCGCCAGUGUCAUCUCCAAGGUCGAGGCCGGCACCACGGCCAUUUCCAACAUGACACCCCUCACCGUCAACGAGUGCCUGUCCCUCGUCGGCCCCUCCAACGACCUCGCCAAGCAGGGCGACGCGCUGGCCCAGGAGCUCGAGAGCCGCAUCGCCGACGUCGAGAAGGCCAAGCAGUGCGGCACCGUCCGCGACUUCCUGGACAAGGGUGUGACGGACGCCACGGCCCUCGUUGCCGCCCUCAAGGCCAAGUCCCCCUCUGCCGUCCAGAGCAUCGUCCAGUCCCAGGGCAACAAGAUUAUCAAGUCUCUCCAGAACGCCCAGGCUGCUUUCACCACCGACAAGUGCGUCGAUGCCGCGUAA